AUGCGCCACUUUAUCUCAUUCUUCUUCGGCUUUCUUUCUUUCCUCCCUGUCCUUACUCAAGCAUGCCUCGUCUACUACGCAACCUUCCCCUUCGAUAACGAUAAACCGUUUGUAGGGAAGAUAAUCGAUAAUGGGAUUGAGACGUGCUCGAUUAAUAUGACGUACAAUGAACAUUGGAGAUGGCAGGCGUUGGAGAAUGAAAAGGAUUGGGAGAGGGAGGAGUGGGCUUGGAAACACUGGCAUUUCACAUGCACGAAGAAACUAUGGCAGGGGAAACUGAAGGGUAAUAACACAGACCGCACAUACGCAGCAGAACUCGGCGUCGGUCUCCGCGGCGUAACAUACCAUGCGCAUGGCGAGAAAUUCUGGUUCAACCCGGAUACGGUGGAGGAUGUGGCGGGGGAAAGAUGGGUUUAUAGUAAGAAGUUGUGGUGUGCUGGGAAAUAG